AUGAGGAAGUCUUUUAAAGAUUCUCUCAAAGCACUUGAAGCUGAUAUUCACCAUGCUAAUACCCUGGCUUCUGAAUAUCCAAGGGAAUACGAUGGCGCGUGCCUUCAGAUGAGACUAUCGUAUAGUCCCUGCGCCCAAAUUUUCCUUUUCCUUGUUCAAUGGACUGAUUGUCACCUUGCCGGUGUACUUGGGAUGAUUAGGAUUCUUAUAUACAAGGCAUACGAGGAUGGUAAAACCACCAUGUCUGUCCAUGAACGAAAAGCUAAUAUAAGGGAGUUUUAUGGUGUGAUAUUCCCUUCUUUAAUGCAACUUGAAAAAGGAAUAACAGACAUAGAAGAUAGGAAACAGAGAGAACUCCGCUCUUCCAAAUACCGAAGGAGAGACGAGAUGGACAAGGGUAAGUUAUCCGAAACUGAAAUAGAGAGAGAAGAAGAAUGUGGAAUUUGUAUGGAAAUGAAUACUAAGGUUGUCCUUCCCAGUUGCACUCAUUCAUUGUGUGUGAAGUGUUAUACAGAUUGGCAUGCUCGAUCUCGGUCGUGCCCUUUCUGUCGGGAUAAUCUCGAAAGAGUUAAUUCCGACGAGCUUUGGAUCUACCCUAGCAGUUCAGAUAUUGUAGAUUUAUCGACAAUUGCACGGGAAAAUCUGAAGAGGCUUUUAAUGUACAUCAAGAAAUUGCCUCUUAUUGUUCCAGAUCGAACAAUAGUUUCUUACGACCCUAAUUUCCGAUGA